AUGAGCUCUAAACAACGGCGAAUGGACCAUUCUGAUGACGAAGGCACUCACCACAGUCGUGAUAAAUUUACGCGUGAACGUAGAAGUAGUCUUGAUCACAGAGAUCGAUCAAUUUAUAAUGAAAGGCGCGUUAAAAGAGAUAAUAAUUCAUCACCUGAAGAUAGAGAUCGACGUUCUAAAAGGAGACGGUCCAUAUCGCCCGAUUCAAGGAGACCACAACAACUUGAAGGAGACCAUUACAUUCCUAACUAUGAGAAGGAUGGUUAUACACCUGCCCCAAGAUACGUUGGCAGACCAGGGGAUAUGCGAUUUCCACCGCAUGGGUUCCCAGUCGGUUUAUCACUUGAACCAUUGAAGGAUCCUGAUCAACUUGAUUUUUUGAUGUCAAAUCAAAAUCAAAAAACACGAUAUACUGAUGAUGACUUACAUAAAAAAUAUAAUGAUUAUAAAGAAGCUUUUGGUAUUAAACAAUUGAAAACCUUUUUUGAGGCUCAUAAAAAAGAAGAAUGGUUUCUUGAAAAAUAUCAUCCAAAAUAUAUGGAGCCAAGGAUUGCGGCAACUAAGGAAUUAAAAAAGAAGAAUUAUCAAAAUUUUAUCACGGAUUUGAAAAGAGGCCUUUUAGAUAAUAUUGUUAAUGAUGUUGAAGAAAAUAAAGAUGAUACAAAGACAGAAGACAAAAACGAACAGGACGAAGAUGCUAAUAGACUUUUUAUAAAGAGUGUAUCACCCAAUAUUUCAAGACAAAAAAUAGAAGAAAUGUGCAAAGAAAUUCCUGGGUUCAAAUAUCUUGCUUUAUCUGAACCUAAUCCUCAAAAAAAAUUUCAUCGUCUGGGCUGGAUUGUUUUUGAAGAGGGAUCUGAUAUGGACGCAGCAUAUGAAAAACUAAAUGAACAAAAGAUUGACGAAUUUGUUUUUUACUUGGCUCGCCAUAAAAAUCAAACUGGUCCCGUUCGUAAUCGAACCACUCCGGAUGCCGCUAAUACUCUUGAAAGGUUGAAAAAAGAUUUGGAAAUGGCCAUUAAACUUUCAGAGAAGCUUGAUAAAGAUGUUGAUAAUACAAUGACCGGAAGCCAGAAUAUCAAACAACGACUCAUAUUAAUUGAUGAUGGGCAUCGGCGUGAAGAAAUAAAUAACGCGAGGUUUUAUAAUAAUUACGUUCUUGAUCCAAAUCACCUCCUUCCUACGACACCACCCAAUCCUACUGCUGCACUUGUUCCUCAAAGCGUUACACCCAUUCCACCUAGCCCAUUCCCGGUUAUGACUAAUGCACCACCUCCACCAUUCAUGAAUUUCAGUUUUCCUAUCAUGGGCGCUGCUGCAGGAACUCCUCAUGAUCAAAUUCCAAGGAUUGGAUUUGAUGGAAGAGACGAUAGCCGAGAACGUGGCUCCAGACAAACUUCCGAUUCAAGAAGACAAUCAUCUAGACCUAAUGAUCUUAAUGCGGGUUCUGAUCCUCGCCAGGUGAAAUCUUAUGUUGACCUGGAUGCACCUGCUGAAGGCGACAUUGAAAUUAAAUAUUGA